AUGAUCAGGAACGCGGCUCUGCUGAUAACUCUCCUUUGGCUGUCUCUCCAGUCGACUGUGGGCGGCGUGAACGUCUCUAUCCCGAUCGCAGCACCUUCGACUGCACCCGGAAUAUCUCGCUCUUUACUCUCUUUUUCCAUCGAGCAGGACCGUUGGCCGGACUGGGCUGGCACUAGCACACGAAAUGAGUUUUACUUCAACGUGUUGUCUAAUUUGCAAGACCUGUCUGGUGAGGCGACGAGGAUUCGGAUUGGCGCCGACUCUGAGGACCAUACGAACUUUAACCCGUCUGUCCAGGUUUCCGAGGAUAUCUUCCCAGCUAUAACGGCGACAGUGCCAUACCCAGAGGCAACGAAUAUCACCGUCGGUAACGGGUUCUAUGACCUUGCCUCCAUGCUCCCUUCGGGUACCGAGGUCAUCUGGGGUGUCAACUUGCGCGAUUUCAAUGUCACUGCGGCCUCACUGGAAGCUAAAGCGAUCGCUCAGGCCUUUGCCUCAUCGGCUGUUAAAGAUGCAGGUGUCACUCUCCAGGCGAUUGAGGUCGGAAAUGAGGCCGAUUUAUAUAGGUUUUCAGGGUUCAACGUUUCAGGCUACGUUUCAGAGUGGACAAGACUCGCCAAAAACGUUUCGGCUACAGUUAGUGCUGUCCUCGGAACGAGCAUACCCUUCCAAGGCGCAGCCUUCGCAGAGUCCUCGCACUCCACCACCGGUUUCUCACCGCAAGCCAUCAUCGCAGACGGUAUACUGAACUCUCAGCCCGGAUCCCAAAUCACUUCCAUCUCUCAGCAUCACUAUAGCGGCUCUUUCUGCUCAGGCUCCAAUGGUGUCCUUCAAGACUUGAUGACCAAAUCGACCAUCCGCAGCAAUCUCACCCAGUUCUCGCCCGACAUCUCCGUGGUGCAGUCGAACAACUUGUCAUACGUCUUGGGAGAGACAAACUCGUACUCGUGUCAUGGAGCUCCUGGAGUCAGCAACACUGCCGGUGCAGCACUUUGGGCGUUGGAUUAUACUCUGACUGCUUCUCAACUUGGAAUCGAACGGCUGUACUUCCACGAGGGGAUUGGGUACAAGUAUAAUUUUGUUCAACCCGUCACCCUGAACCGGUCUAUCCUGGACGGAUCCACACUCUCCAAGCCCCUCGCGCCGCACAUCCAAAGUGCAUAUUACGCCGCUGUCAUCACCGCAGAAGCUAUUGGCCCAUCGGGAAGCACCCAGGCCGUCGAGCUCACCGUCAAUAAUAGCCAAGUCUCUGGAUUCGGGUUCUUUGAGAAUGGGAACCUCGCAAGGGCGGUGUUCAUUAAUCUGAACGCGUUUACGGGGGACAAGGCAAGGGCGAGCGUCCAUGUGGUCCCGAGCUUUGUGGGAGGUCAGCCAGGAUGUAGCGCACCGAGCACGAUGAGUGUGAAACGGCUAUCGAUUCCGUUUGCGAAUGGGACGUCGGGCGUGACGUGGGGCGGGCAGACGUAUGAGACGGCAGACGGGAAGGUGCAAGGGCAGCUGAACGUAACGACCGUCCCUGUCACCGCUGGUGUGGAUGUGCAUGAUACCGAGGCAGUUUUGCUGAGCUUCUCGUGA